AUAUAUGUAGAGAGAUGCUAUAAAUAUAGAGAGAGAAAGUUUUACGCAAUUCCUUUUCUCUCUCUUCUUCCCACCUGCUUCAACCUAACCCUACCUUUGUGCAGAUAGAUAGAUAGAUAGAUAGAUUGUAGACAGACACGGUGAGGAGAAAAACAAAAAAAAAAAUCAAACACAAUUUCACUAUAUUCUAGAUCUCCUUGUAGAAAACAUUCAAUUUUGGGGGGUUUUUUUUUGGUACUUCUACUGUACAUACCUUAAGUCUUCUUCAGUGGAUGGAGCCUCGUGUAGGUAACAAGUAUCGACUCGGGCGCAAAAUCGGCAGCGGAUCGUUUGGAGAGAUCUACCUCGGUACUAAUAUACAAACUAAUGAGGAACUGGCAAUUAAGCUUGAAAAUGUCAAGACAAAACAUCCUCAAUUGUUGUAUGAGUCAAAAUUAUACAGAAUUCUACAAGGAGGAACUGGAGUACCAAAUGUGAGAUGGUUUGGUGUGGAAGGAGACUACAAUGUUCUGGUCAUGGAUUUACUUGGACCGAGUCUUGAAGAUCUUUUUAACUUCUGCAGUAGGAAACUUUCUCUGAAGACAGUUCUAAUGCUCGCAGAUCAAAUGAUAAAUCGUGUUGAAUUUGUACACACUAAAUCCUUUUUGCAUCGAGAUAUCAAACCAGACAAUUUUCUUAUGGGCUUGGGAAGACGUGCAAAUCAGGUCUACAUAAUUGACUUUGGUCUGGCUAAGAAGUACCGAGAUACUUCUACUCACCAACACAUUCCUUACAGAGAAAACAAAAAUUUGACAGGAACUGCUAGAUAUGCAAGCAUGAACACUCACCUUGGUAUUGAACAAAGCAGGAGGGAUGAUUUGGAAUCUCUUGGAUACGUUCUAAUGUACUUCCUAAGAGGAAGUCUUCCUUGGCAGGGACUAAAAGCAGGAACUAAGAAACAGAAGUAUGAGAGGAUUAGUGAAAAGAAGGUUUCAACAUCUAUUGAGGUCUUAUGCCGUGGCUAUCCUUCAGAAUUUGCUUCAUAUUUCCAUUACUGUCGUUCACUUCGCUUUGAAGACAAACCCGAUUACGCUUAUCUGAAGAGAAUUUUCCGCGAUCUCUUUAUCCGUGAAGGAUUCCAAUUUGACUAUGUUUUUGAUUGGACUAUAUUGAAGUAUCAGCAAUCACAGAUUGCAACUCCUCCCUCUCGACCUCUUGGUCCUGGUGCUGGAACAAGCUCAGGGAUGCCUCCUGUGAUCCCCAAUGUUGAACACCAGUCUGGUGAGGAAGAAACAAGACAAUUAGCUGAUCCCUCCCGAAGGAAUUCUGGGGCACUUGUAAAUGCAGGAAGUUUAUCUAAGCAGAAGAAUCCCAUUGGAAUUGACUUUGCAAACAAAGAUGCUGUGCUAUCGAGUUCCACAUUCAUGGGAAGAUCAAGUGGAUCAAUGAGGCGAGCAGCAGUCUCUGGUAGCCGUGAAACGUUGACUAUUGGAAAUGAUUCUGACCCUACACGGUCUCGAACCCCAGACACAAAUCCAGGGACCAUACUGAAAUUGUCAAGUGGACAAAGAAGCUCUCCACUUGGUGGGUCCUCUGACCCCAAACAUACUUCUGCCAGAAACAUUUCAUCAGGUAUGAAGAACUACGAGUCCACUCUGAGGGGAAUAGAAACCCUGCGCUUUGAUGAUAAAGAGAAGGCAACUAACCAUUGAGUGCAUAUACAACAUUCACAUUCUUGUAAAUCUUUGACUCGUGCUGGACAUUUCUGCCUAUAUCUGAUUCCCGGAGUUGAAUCGUCUUGAAAUUUGAGUGUGCACCAGGAAACUAGAGGUUGACAUAUGUGCUGGUAAGGAUCCAUAGCCAAUAAAUAGAUAGAGAUUGUGCUAGUGCAUACAGGCUGAUAAUUCUAUAUAUAUAUUAGCAUGCCCUUUAAUGAAAAUCUACAUCUGUCAGAGUACUGAUGCUGUAAAUUUGGGUUUUGUUAUGCUAUAUGUUCAUGCUCGCUGCCUCGCCCCUUGGCCCCUUAUUCUUUUAAUUUCUAUAGUAACGUUCUUAGUUUUGAGUUGAAUGUCAAAUGUAGUGUUUGAGUUGAAUGUCAAAUGUAGUGCAUAUAAUACAUUCUUUAACGUUUUGUUGUUGA